GCGGCGCGGACGACUCCCUCCUCCGCCGUCUCCGGGCCCUGCUGCUACUGCCACUGCAACGUUAAUUUCCACCCCUUUGCUAAGUUUAAAGUGGGGAAAACAAAGGCAAGGAAGCUCAAAUUAGCAUUACAAUGGCUGUGAAACAGGUGUUCUUUGACCUCACCGCCGACGGCGCUGCCGUGGGUCGCGUCGUGAUGGAGCUGAGGGGUGACGUUGUGCCCAAGACUGCCGAGAAUUUCCGUGCUCUGUGCACUGGAGAAAAGGGCUUUGGCUACAAGGGGUCCACGUUCCACCGUGUCAUUCCCGACUUCAUGUGCCAGGGUGGAGACUUCACCAAGGGCAACGGAACUGGGGGCAAGUCCAUCUACGGCAACAAGUUUGAGGAUGAGAACUUCACGCUGAAGCAUGAGGGCCCGGGCAUCCUGUCAAUGGCUAAUGCUGGACCAAACACGAACGGCUCUCAGUUCUUCAUCUGCACUGCAAAGACUGCAUGGCUGGACAACAAGCACGUUGUGUUUGGGAAAGUGAUAAACGGACUGGACGUCAUCAAGAAGGUUGAGAGCUAUGGAGCGUCGAGUGGAAAGACGUCCAAGAAGAUUGUCGUUGCCGACUGUGGAGAACUCUAAAACAAACCAAAGCUCCCCAUUGUCUUGUCAGAUUGUGGUGAGAUGGCACGAGUUGGCUAUUCAAAAUCAGAACUUUAUCUUUAGUUGAACUCGAUGAGUUCAACUAAAUCCAUUGCGCUUGCCAAAAUUGUGUCGUUUGUAAUUGGGCCUUAGAAACAACUAUUAAAUUAUCGAUUGACUCAAUUUUAGUUUUGAACUAAUCCCCAACAGGAUUUUCUUUGGGAAUGUGAACAGGCAAUUUGGAUGAGGUUGCUUAGUAAAUGGUUGUAUGCUAUUCUGGGACAUGUAUUUACGCAAUCCUUGUGAAUUGGUAGCAUCAUUAUGAUUUUUUUAAACCUCAAGGAAAUGUGAUUAACUGUCUUGUGGAAUGGUGCAAAUAGCAAGAGGUUAGACUUUUCGCUUUGUCCAAACUAGUCGCACUUUGUUGGAGAUUUUUUUUUCCCUUUCAAGUAUCCCCAACUCGUGCCAUUUUUGCCAAAUCUGCAGUUUUUUGUCCACAGGUAGCCAUGCAGUAUAAUCGCUUCUACUUUUUUGUUGUAGUCCACUGCAAGAAUGUUUAUUUGGAUUGGUUGUGGUUCUUUUUUAAUGAUCCCGUAACCCUACUUUUCCCCAUUCAUAAAAGUUACAGUGAAUGUCAUUGUGUUUCUGUACUGCUGAUUUGAACAGUAAAGAUCAAGGCAACCUUA